AUAUUAAAUUAUUGUAAUUUAUUUUAUAUUUGCAUGUGAUUUACAUAACAGCCUUUUGUUAUUAGCAUACCUUUUUCGAUUUUCCGAUAUAAUCACUAUAUCCCCUUUCUAAUAGAUGAGUUAGAAAGGGUGAAACAAAAAUAUUAAAUAACAAAAAAAUGUAUACCACUGCAGUAGAAGCGCCCCCGUUUCAAAACUACACCAUGGCUGAAAUUAAGAUUGGAUUAAAACGAGCGUAUCCGGCUAGCAUGGAGGACUGCAGGAAGAGACAUCAGACAGGCACUAAAGUUUCGAAAAUUGCCCACUUAUUUCAAGGUAUGCCGUCGAGGGACGAGGAAGACAUGCGCGGCGCCGAGAUGACGGUCGUCCGGACCGAGAGCCAUCUGUCGCGGUUCAAUACCGCGCGAGCUCUUUUUGAAAAACUGGGCGAAGAGAACCGCGGCUUCCGCAUCGAGAAGUCGCCAUCGGCCGCAGCCAGUUUUGCUGGCACGCGAGGCGGAGCACCCUCAGUGCCCUCGCGCUCACGCUCCAGCUCCGCGGGCUCCGUCAGUCCGCCGCGGCGCACCAUCACGCCUUCGCCCGGCGCGCCUCCCGCCCUCAACGGCGACCGCCUCGCCAACGGCUCCUCGCAGCCCGUACCCCCGCCGAAACCGGCCAAGCCCAGCGUUUUGCCAAAACCGGAGAAGCCUGACAGGCGCUUCAAUAAAGAACUUAUAGAGAAACAAAGAAACUGGACUUCUCAUUUUAGUAAACCGCGUCCGUCGUCGCGGUAUGAGACACAUGAACCUAGUGCGCGAGUGGACUCUAAAUAUCCUAGUGGUGUACCGGAAACAAAGUCACCGGAACUUGCCGAAAGAAGUGUUAUUCCCUCUCGCGUAUACUCGCCCCCUUUAUCGCCAAGCAGCGGGGACUCUCAAGCGGAGCGUCCUACGACUCUCCCUUCUAGUUUAGUUCAUAGAGGUGCGUCAGGUGCGAAAUCUCCUAGUCCUGUGAAAACGAUUGCGCCCGUGUCGCCAUCUACUAUAUCCAAUAAUAUAAUGUCUCCCACCUUUAGAUCAGAUGUAAGAAGUGAUAAUUUAAGUUCUGCCUCUAAAGAAAGUGAUGCUGACGCCGGUUCUCAGCAAAUAGGUUCGUCUGAAAUUGUUUAUCCUAAAACUCGGUCGACGCGAACUUCAGUAUCUGCCAGUGAUGAGGCUAUCACGGAAAAGGAUUCCGCGUCAGACAGAAGUCCUAGUUUGCAAUCUUCUGAUACGUCAUCGAGGUCCGCCGAGAGAUCGUCCCACUCACCUUCCAAAUCCGCCGAGAGAUCAUCCCAUUCACCCGUCUCUCCGUCUGCAAGCCCUGCCGCAGUAGCCCCGGCUUAUUCUCCUAGGUAUCCAAAAUCACCCCCUUCACCACACAUUCGAUCUCCGAAAUCACCUCCUCCAUUGCCACACGAAAAUGCUAAAAUCGCAGCCAGUGAUCUAACAGAAAAUCGAGUAUCCGAAGAAAGAGAAGAAUUUAAACAGCAAGAUAUAACUGAUGGAGAAGUUCCUGAUAUCUUAUCACGAGCGCCGCCUUUGCCGAGCCCUAGAUUACCGGUUUCACCUCCCCCUCAAGAAGACGAUGAAAAGCUAAAGUACGAAAGAGACUCGACCGCUCCACAAAGUCCGGAACCCUACGAUAGUGUAGCAGAUUCACCAAAGUUACUUAAUAAAAGCGUGGACGAGGAUGGUUACGAGCACAUAGAGUACAGUGACGAGAGGGACGAGAAGAGCAACCGGCGCUCGUCGACGCCGGAGUCGCCGGCGGGCGCUCCCCCCGCGACCGCGCCGCGUUCCCCGCUGGCAUCACCGCUCGCCUCUCCGGUGCAUCGAGAGUACUCCUCGCCCACCGUGUUGUCUUCACCCGUACCCCCGGUCGGAGAUCGCAAGUCAUCGGAGGCGGAGGAAAGCGGGCGGCGCGGCGGGUCGCGCGCGUCCAGCGUGUCGGACGAGGGCGGCUUCAACGAGCCCUCGCCGGAGGUGGUGGCGCGCCUGCGCCCCGCCGACUACCGCGAGCCGCCCGCGCCCGCGCCGCUCACGCAAGACCACCGCGACGCCGAGCGUGCGCGCUCCGACCCUGACACGCUGUCGGUCCUGCAGCAGGAUUCGGGAGUAGUAGUGAGUGAAGCUAGUCAAGGCUCCAUAGAGGUGCUCGACAAAUCGACCACUAGCCAAUGGAGCGUAUCGGAAGCGGAGCCGUCGGGUGACCGCGUCGCUGAAGCGGGCGCGGAGGCGGAGGCGGACGGCCGUUGGGACGACCCCGACGCGGGCAAGCAGCCCGACAGCAUGACGCCCGACGAGGCUGAAAUCUUGCUUAGCUCUAGUAUUCUGGAGAAAAAACUUAGACAAGAGGCGCUGCUGUCGGACGAGCAGGCGCAGGAGAUCGUGGCGAUGCUGUCGCCGCACCCGCCGCAGGACAACGGCGUCUCGCUCAACGACAGCUACCAGUCCGUGCUCUCCUACGAGAGCAUGCAGUCAGUGGACGAGAGCUACGAGUUCGUGUCGCUAGAGGGCGAGGCGGCCUUAGCCGGCGGCGACCGCAAGACCUCCCCGCCGGAGCCCACCGUGUUCGACCACUACCCGCCGCAGGCGCUGCGCGAGCUGGCCGAGGAGAACGGCAUACACUACUUCGAGGACGGACACUUUUAUACCGAGGUGGCUGGUCUUCCGCCUAUCGAAGAAGAUGAGGACGAUGAAUAUUACACACCGCCUGUAUUCGUUAAGAUGAACAGAAAAGUUAAAUUCAGUACGAACCCGAUGCAAGUGUUCUCCACGCACUCGGUGCGCGAGUACGACCGCCGCAACGAGGACGUGGACCCCGUGGCCGCGUCCGCCGAGUACGAGCUCGAGAAGCGAGUCGAAAAGAUGCACGUGUUCCCGGUCGACUUGCUAAAGGGGGCCGACGGGCUGGGCCUCUCAAUCAUUGGAAUGGGUGUCGGCGCCGAUGCGGGCUUAGAAAAAUUGGGCAUAUUCGUUAAAACUAUCACUGAAAGCGGAGCCGCCGCGCGCGACGGACGCAUACAAGUCAACGACCAGAUCAUCGAGGUUGACGGCAAAAGUCUGGUAGGUGUUACCCAAGCCUACGCCGCGUCAGUGCUACGAAAUACGUCAGGACCAGUGAAGUUUCUCAUCGGUCGCGAGAAGGACCCUGAAAACAGCGAAGUGGCCCAUCUCAUACGGCAAUCUUUGGCAGCUGAUAAAGAGAGGGAGGACAGGGCGGUGCGCUCGGGCGCGCGGCGCGCGGCGCCGGAGCGGUCGUCGCCGCCGCCCGCGCCCGCCGAGCCCGCUCCUGUCACAAACAUCCCCGAGGUGUCCGAGCUGCGCGCGUUGCUGCACGAGGUGGUGGGCAUGGAGGCGGGCGGCGCGCCGGCGGCGGAGGUGGCGGCGCGCGUGCGCGCGUGGUGCGCGGCGCGCGCGCCCGACGACGGCGCCCUGGCGCGCGCCGCCGACACCGCGCAGCAAGCGCAGCGCAAGUACGACAAGGCCCGGCGCGCGCUCCGCGAGUGGCGCCGCACUCGCGCCAUGGUGCGCGCGCGCGAGGAGUGGUGGAGCAGCAACGCGCGCGACGCGCACCGCGAGUACGCCUGCGCGCUGUCCGCGCUGCACGAGCGCGUCGCAAGGCUCGAGGUUCUGCUGCUGGAAACGCAGAAGAAAGCCGGGCUACCGGUGAUGCUGCCGCACGAACCGUCCGCGCGCCGCGAGACGCCGCCACUACCGCGACGUCCCGACCCCGACCCUCUGCUCAUCAACGACCCCUGGAGCUCCGACAGCGACCUGUCCGACUUGUCGCCCAUAGAGGACGAGUACGCCAAGGUGGACAAGUCAGCUCGGCGGGAGCGCGAGGCGCGCGAGCGGGAAGCGCCGGACAUCGGUGACGUCACCGUGUCGGAACCUGAGCCUAAGGUCGUGGAUGCCCGGCCGGUGAACAGCGUGGCCCCUGCAGUGCAGCCCGCGGUCCCGGCGCCCGUGCCGAUCUACGCCACGCCGCCGCACACGCCGCACGUGACGCCGCCCGCGCACCACGCCGCGCCCGUCACCAACGCGGACACCACCGCAGACACAGCAGGUGCGCCGGUAGCGACGGCGUCCCGCGAGCUGGACGCGGCCGUGCCGCGCGGCGGGCCGCUGCUGGACACCUCGGCGCACCGCGCGCGCACCGACCUGGCGCGCCACCGCCAUCACGCGCCGCAGUCGCCGCACUCGCUCAGCAACGCCAGCUCCUAUGACGGAUUAGACGACUCGUAUAACGACUCCGCGGACGAAUCUCUAAGUGAAUCCACAUCGGGUGCGCCUACACACACAGGAGCACCCUCUCGAGAGAGGCAAAGCUGUGGUAGCUCUGUGGGGAGCGCGACUGACGACGCGGUAUAUUCAAGAGACCAUCGGCAUCACCAACUUACAGGUCCGGCCGCGUCGCUGGCGGAGCAGCUGAAGCAGGUGCUGGCGGAGCGCGAGCGGCGCCUCGCCACGGCGGGGCCCGCGCCGCCGCCCGACCCCGUGCAGCUCACCAACGACCUCGUCGACGAGAUCCGCCAGGCCGUCAGCGAGGCCAACGCCAGAGUGAAGAAAGCUCCGGCUUGCGUAGUCGGCGGCGAGGUGCCGUGGCAGCCGCUGUCCAGCGCCGUGUCCGAGGCGAGCCUGUCGCCCGCGCCGCUGUCGCCGCAUCCUGUCACGCACUGGAGCAAGCAGCAGGUAUGGCAGUGGGUAUCGGGCCUCGGCGAGGGCCUGGAGCGUCACGCGAGCGCGUUCGCCGCGCGCGGCGUGGACGGCGCGCUGCUGCUGGCGCUCAGCUCCGCCGACCUGAAGCUGCUCGGGCUCGGCGGCGACGACCGCCGCCGCAUGAAGCGCCGCCUCAAGGAGCUGCGCCAGGCGCAUGAGAAACACCUCAAGGCCCUCAAGAAAGCGGAGAAGAAAGCCAAGAAGAAAUAGGCCAGUCGUCCAGAGUCAGUCGCGUACACGCUUUAACACUCUACUUCUGUAAUGGUCGCAUUUAUUGCAAUGCACACUAUAGGUAUUGUAUUUGUCUCUUUCUCACGUGGAUGCUUUAUCUUUUAUGAUGUAAUAAAUGUGACUGUAAUAAGCCAUCUGUCAUAUCAUAUUAAAGCCACUAAUAUAAGUUACUUGAGCAGUGUUUAAUCUUACGUUGAUCGGCUAUUCACUUGAUUAAAAUAGGAAUUACGUCGUUGUAACUUAGACCUCUUAUAUUUUCUCUCUUCUAUUCCAUUGGUUUCUUCAAUGAAAAUUUAUAAAUGAAGAAGAAUUAUAGGUAUAUAUUAAAUAGCACGCGAUAACAUCAUAAAAACAACAUUACGCCAAAUGUUAUUCUUCUUUAGACCUAUUUUCUUCUACUGAACUAAUUUAUUCUGGGAACUGUGCGACUGGCUCUGAAGACUGGCGGGUCGGGGUGAAGCAAAAGCUGUGUCCGAUAGCGUAGAGAGUGCCAUCUGACUUAUAGCUUAGAGUUUAGUGACGGUAGGGUAGAGUCGAACGAAGAAAUACUAAUAAUCGAAAUUUAGAUGUAAGUGAAUAUGGAACAGGACAAGUAGAAAGCAUUUAUCUAGACUAUCUAACCUAUCUAAUCUCUGUAUGUUUUUAUUCAAAGUCAGUUCUUUCCUACAACUUAUUUCUUUUAUCGUUCCUAUGCGGUAUUAUUUGUGUCAGUUUUCUUCAAGUUUGAUGUGAAGUAUGGACUGCUGGAAAUCACUGGCUCAAUCUAGUCAUAAGAUCAAUCGUAAGCUGCUCGAAAGUCUGCUAAUUUUCUUCUAAGAUUUUUGAAAUACAUGUAUAAGAUAAACUAUGUAAUGUUCAAUUUGUAUCUAUUCAUGAAUUGUCAAUAAAAUUGUAUAUUAUCGCAGUAACAACUAUCGGUUUGUAAUUCCUAAUCUUUGCAAGGUUCUAUUUUUCAGACAGAAACUGGUUAUUUUCGACAUGAAUUUGAAAAUAAAUAACUUUGCACAAAAUGUACUUAGUAUUGUAUAGCGACUGAUCGUUAGAGCGACGUUGCUACUGUGUUAGUAAGAUAUUUAAAUUACAUAGAAUACAUUUGACAUUCAUCGAGCAUGUGAUCUCAUCUCAUUAAAGUUGUUACUUAUGUAUUUCAACCACACUGCAUUUUUUUAUUCAUUGCGCAAUCACAUAAAAUGUUUAUCUUAUGAAAUCGUAAUGAUGAUUAUUAUAACUUAUAUUCAUUGAAAUAAAUACAUUCCAGUGAAAUUCUCUCUUGAUAUUUCUGUACGAGUUAUCAAAUAUAAGUCUGGCUUUAUAGUUUUCUUAGGCAAGUUAAAUGGCUGAGACUGCAUCCACUCACAAUAACUGUUUAUAGGAGCUUGUACAAAUGUGAAGGACUUGCCCGCAGUGAGGGAGCAGCCUCGGCCACAUAGUGUAUUCAAUUAUUCAUGUGUGUAUGUUCGGUUCUGUAGCCACCUGUAUCGUUCGUGUAAAUAAGCCGGGCGCGAGCGCGGCGACUGGCGGCGUGCUGCAUAAUUCUGUAUGACUGAAUGUACAUUGUGCAUUUAGGAUAUUUAUUUUAAUUAAGAAAUAACGAAUAAUGUAAGUAGGAAGUCCAUUAACAAUUGCCAAAAUUGAUCAGUACUGUUUAUAAUUGUUGAUUUUUUUAAUUUAAAUUUUCCUUAUUUAUUUAAUAUUUAUUUUGGGACCAAAUUAAUUUAUUGUGUCUUACAGUUUAUUAUUUAUGUACUUGUAUUUGUGUGCGGUUGGGAGAGAUUUUUUUAUUUAUAAUUAAAUAAACAAACCAAAGUCUACAUCAUAUUGUUUUUUACUAUCAAUUAUGAUCAAUGUGAACAUCAUGUACAUUUCCUAAAAUGAUGGUGAAAAUAUAGUCUGCAGUGGUAA